AUGGCCUCCACCACCAAAGUCGCCCUCGCCGGAGCCACAGGCAACAUCGGCGUCCCGACGCUCAAAGCCCUGCUGAACGCCAACCACGACGUCGUCGUACUCACGCGCAAGGGGUCCGACAGCGCGUCAAAACUGCCCAAGGCAUCAAACCUCACUGUCAAGGAAGUCGACUACCAAUCCGUGGACGACCUAACCUCAGCACUCCAGGGCGUCAAGGUCGUGGUCUCGACCCUCGCCACGGCCUCGAUCGGCGAACAGAACCCUCUCAUCGACGCCGCCGUCGCCGCCGGAGUCGAGAGAUUUCUCCCUUCCGAGUUUGGAUCUGACACAGUCAACCCGUCCACCUCGAAGCUGCCUGUCUUCAAAUUCAAGGUCGCCACGCAGGAGUACUUGAAGGAAAAGGCCUCCCAGAACCCGUCCUUCAGCUACACGCUGGUCAUCACGGGCCCGUUCUUCGACUGGGGUCUCGAGCACGGCUUCAUCCUCAACCCCAAGGCCCACACGGGCACGCUGUGGAACGGCGGAGACAUGGACUUUUCGACGACGACGCUGGCGUCGAUCGGCCAGGCCGUCGUCGGCGUGGUGGCCCAUCUGGACGAGACCAAGAACCGGGCCGUCUACGUGCAUGAUGCGGUCACCACGCAGAACAAGCUGAUCGCGUACGCCAAGGAGAAGGACGGCAAGGAGUGGGAUACGACGGUCAAGAGCACCAAGGAUGUGUAUGACGAGAGUAUGAAGGAGUUGACGAGUGGGGGAGACAUCGGCAAGGCCAUGGUCGGGUUCAUCCUUUCCGGCAUCUUUGGGGGGAAGGAGACCGGUGGAACCUCUGAGGGGAGGGAUGAUAACAAGCUGUUGGGAUUGAAGGGGUUCUCCGAGGACGAGGUCAAGGCUCUGGUGCAGAGUUUCGUGUGA